AUGAUGCGACCACUGCUCCUGGCCGCCUGCGCCCAGGCGCUCAUCACGCCGAGCCCCGUGCGACCCGUCGCGACCCGCCUGCGCGCGCGGACCGCCGACGGCAUGUCGAAAGGCUGGAAGGUGCUGCGACUCAGCGAGGAGGAGGGGAACGCCAUCUCGCUCGCGGCGAACUCGAACGAGUGGGGCACGAAAGAGAUCGAGGUCGAGAUCCCGCGGAGCGCCGAGUCGCCGGGCAUCGGCAUCCUGUUGGAGGAGUUCGGCGCGAACGACGCGGGCGAGGGCUUGACGCUCGUCGCCGGCCUCGUCGACGGCGGCAACGCGGCGCUGUCGGGGCUGGAGAUCCUGCCCGGCGACGCGAUCAUCCGGGCGGGCGACGUCACCGUCGAGGGCCUGGGCUACGACCGCACGGUCGACGCGCUCGGCGCGAUGGCGCCCGCGCCCGCGCCGGCGAGGCUCACGCUCAAGCGCCUCCUGAAGAUCCCCAAGGUCACGCUCACGGUCAUGUUCCCGCCGGAGGAGAACGAGCCGAACCGCGUCAUCAACUGGUACCCGCGGCGCGGCCUGCGGGAGACGCUCCUCGUGAACAAGAUCGACGUCGGGGGCACGUGCACCGAGGACAUGCAGUGCCUGCUGCGCUGCUCCUGCGUC